AUAGUACACCCUAUAUAAGGGAGGAAGGCGCGCGCCGAGGGUUGGGAAAGCUGAAGCGUGGCUCCUCCGGGUGGGGGUAGUCAGUACCUCGAACGACUCCAUAGGUCUCCAGAUCUCCCCGCCGCGCUCAGUCCGACCCGGACGUUUGAGGGAGACGCAUCUCUCUUCCGUGACUCGUAUGCGCGAUACCGGUACCGCACGUUGUGUCCUCGUAUUGUAACAACACACACGCACUCGUUAUAUAGUUAUUGUAAAUAAUUCGGCACAUCACUGGAAGUUCAACUUCGAUCGUGUACAAUUCCGAUAGACCGUAUACACGCACGCACGCAGGCACGCACACGAAUAGUGGUUAUUCUCUUGAAGUGUGGCACGUACGGUGACCGCGUUGCACGAGGGUGAGAGGGAAGGAGAGAGAGAGAGAAGAGAGAACACAGGAACACGGGACAAAGAGGGAGAGAAACGCGAAGAAAAAGCUCUCUCUCGCUCUUUCUCUCUCUCUAUCUCGACUGCCUUGCCGGCUUUCCACGGCCACGAAUCGAUACCACGCGACCGUCGCCGCGUCGGUCGUUCCACUCUCUCGACCUCUUCUCAACGUUCGCCACCACGAGUCUACGACCACUCGUUCCUCCGAUUUUUUCCCCACUGGACGAGCUUAAACUUUGUGUUAGCUACUUAUCGAGUCGUCAACCUUUUCUCCCUUAACGUCGACAGGAUUCGCACCGAGAGAUUUACCAACGUUCGUGGCUCGCGUCACUAUCGAACUAGAUCGAGGAACGAGGAGCGAGAUCGAGAUCGAGAAUCGAGAAUCGAAGGCGCUCUGGCGGCCAGUCGAUGAAACCCGCCAAAACGGUCGCGUCGUCUCUCUGUCACGUUCGAACGACAGCUCGUCGAGGAUAAAAGACGUGAAAAGGUGAUUCGGUGUUAAUAGUGCGCGUUGAUCUAAAGCGAGAAUAAAACGUUUCGCGAGAAAAGGAACGUUGCCAGUGUUUUUGUUUUGCCGUCGAGGAUGAAUCGGUCACAGGAUGGAUUCCCGGCCAGUGCGUAACCGUGCUGUGUGACACGUGACGGUCAGCGUUUAUUUUGGUGUUUCAUUUUUGUCGUCUGUUUGGCUAAAGCAACGCUACUACUACCCUGCACGACCAUUUCCAGGAUCUUCCGCACCGUCGAAGAUUGCGGCUUCCGGCACGAGAGGCAGACGAGAGAACGCGGAUCAGCCGCAGUGCAAAUCGUUGCAUCGUGGGGCAGAGGGGCUGUGAUGAGGGAAGCCGGUUAAAGGACCCUGUGUCGCGCAGGCGCCGGUAGGAGUACAGGAAAGAUGCUGCCUUCCUCGAGAGCUUUAUUAAGCUCGCUGCUGCUUCUAAUCAUCGCUGGAAGCACCGGUGCCUUCAACUCCCGACAAGGAGAAUGCACGUUUCCGUUGAAAUGGGAAGGGACGUGGUUUCAGAGCGGUGUCAGACAACCGAUCGUCAUCUCCAGGAACGAACUGUCCAGCAAGGGCAGGUGUCUGCACAACGAGGGCGACAAAUUUCUUUUAGUGGACCAAAAAUCCUGCUACCGUUGCGUCGUCAUUCACGAGAAGCACUCGAACGUUCUCCAGUACAAAGAAACUUACUGUCACGGCAAAAGCUCCCUCUCCUCCCUCUGCUCGUUCAUCACCGGAGAUGCUCUGCUAUAUUCCAUGUUCCGGGAAGAGGCAACACCUGUGCCGUGCCCUUUUCGAGGUCCUAUGACCUUUUCGUAUAACCGAGGCCACGGAACCUGUUCUGUACCAGUCAGCAACGUCGACACCUGCACGGACGACAGCAGAUUGCUCUUCAGAUAUCAAGCAUGCCCUGACAUAACUGCCUCGGAAAGUGCAGUGGAGGAGUUGGAAUGCCUGGCCACCUGGAAGGAGGGCAGUAGCCGAUACCUGGUCGGCCGUUUACAUCACGGACACGCGUCGAGUAACGAAGAUCGAUACCGAUGCUUCGUCUACGAGAAGGCAGGCCAGACAGUGCAGGGUAAUCUGCACAGAGCUGCCAUGGGCAUGGGAGCCAUGGAUCACGAUGUCGGUUUACAGAGCGGGCCGGUGCCCGAGGGCGCGGCCGAGAUAUACCGGGUGGCCCAGAGCGGAGAUGCCACUUGCAACGGUCUCUUCAGCCCGAUGGAGGGAUCGCGAACCAUGACUCUCAUGAAAGUAUCGCCGCCAGGCCAGUGUCGAUUUCCCAAUUGGUUGACCGGUCAUUCCAGCGGUGGACUAACUUGGCACACCCUAGACCUGACCAGGUCUUACACGUUUCAUCCGAGGAACGCUUCGUUGCACGCAACCAGAUCGAACAGCAGUUCCUCGAGGUUCGAAAGCGGAUCCUUGGACGGACAAUACGUUCCUGGACAGGAGGAUCAGGACGUAAAGAUCCUCUGCAACAGCAUAAAGCAAUCCAGCUCUGCUCAGGCGGUGACGAUGACCAUGCUGGUUGCCCAUUUCACCGUCGGCUGUCGCAGCGGUUUCAUGUGUAUGACCUUCUAUCGACGGGACGGCCACGUGAUAGAAGUGCAAACCGGAAGUGCCGUUUCCAGGCCAGAAGAGGCUUGCAGUCCGCCCCAUUUUCAACAGCACAAUAUACCCUUCCUCACCUUAGUCACAAGUUCGCCAGAGCCGCGUACGUGCCCGUACCUGGGUAAAUUCACGGUAACCGGUGUGAACCGGAACCAGAGGAACAUCCGUGAAAGUCGCAGGAACCAACACCAGGAGGCAGUGAGACGUGACAGAGAAAAAGUUCGACACGCCCAGGAGCGUAGUCAGGAGGAUCGACGAGGCCGGAAGCUCGACUUCGACGCGGAGAAACGACGCGCGAACAACGAGUAUUUGGUCCACGAGCGAAUGGGAAGACGGGCCAGGUCGAAUCGCAACAACAGAAGUCAUCGAGAUCACAGCAUCGAGGAGGAAUCCUCGAAACGCAGUUCGGACAUCGAAGACCUGCUACUGGAGCGUUCUUGGUCAAAAGUGAGAAGAUCGGACGUACAACGAACGUCCGAGCUUGCGACCAGGUCGAAAGUCAGAAGAACGCGCGACCUCGAGACCAGAACGAGAGAAAAAUCGAAAAGAAAUCCGAAAUUGGAGGAUUUCCGGGUGGACGCGGACGAUUUCGCGCGAACCGGACAAUUUUGGACGAGCGAUUUCGACGACUCCGAUGGCUCGAGCAUCAUAGACGUUGAAGAUGAUUAUUUCGGUGAUUACCCGGACACUGGGGACCUGCCGAAAAAGAGGUCGGACAGGAACCCGGAGGAAAUAACGUACGAGCUUCUGAGCAGGACAAGAAGGGACGCCGAGGAGUUGGAUGCUGUGGAUGGUUCUUUUGAAAAGAGAGAAAAGAGGGAGGAGGAUAUUUCUAGAUGCAGCUCCGAAGUCACUACCAUUACCAUUGGUUGCUCUACUGCGGAUAGAAUGGAGUUCCAGACGGACUGCGUCGAGGAUAAUGCGAUUGCUUACUCUUGCCACGGUAGAUGGUUCGACGCGGAGGGCACCCAGUUCGUAAUCGCCACCCAACUAGCGCCAGGAACCACCUGGACCAACGAGAACAACAGACCUCAACCCUACAGGAACAGCCGUAGAUUGUGCUUCAUGUACAAAGAAAGCGGUGGAGUUGUCAGUUUGACUGCCAGCGAGGUGGCCUGUCAAAGGGGAAUACCUCCACCCCCGCCAAUGUUGGCCUUCAACGCUACCAGCACCGGUCAAUGCAUGGAAGAGAACAGGGGCUUUGUUGUUCGAUCGACGUACCUGAUGAUCGUCAUCCUGACGGCGGUCGUCGCGAUAUACAGGUGAUUCUAAUCGAACGGAACGAUCUCGCGACCGUUAAACCAACCUUUGUAAUCUACUUUACUGGACACCGUGCUUGGGUGACGAAACAAGGUGGUGGUACACGUGUAUAAAAAAAAAAAGUAUAUAUAUAUAUAUACAAUCGCCUUGGUCGCGAGUCACCGAAGAUGAUCGGUCGAGGGUGCGGGCCAGAAGGGAAGAAGAAGAAGAAGAAAAUAAGUAAAAUCGAUUCCUUGGCUUCGAACGCUCGUGUCCGUAGCUCUUGCUAGCCUCUCUGAUCCGUCGGCUGAACAAGAAGACAACGACAAUGUUGAAGAAACAAAGGAACCGUCUCGUCGGGAUUGGCGUUCCUUCUAGAGGACAGGUGAUACACUGUGAUUUCGAUUCGACAUCCCCUAGAACAGCAACUUCAUUCGUCUGUAAUAAAAAGACAAACGAACGAAACUCUUGAUUCCUUCCGUAUAAGAGACGGUCCUCCAGUCUGCUACGCUAAGAGACAGAGGAAGAAUAAGAGGAUGGAAGGUCGUCGGAGUAUCCGAUCGAGAUGAACGUUUUCUCGAUAGAUGGAAGAAUGGUUGGACUAUCUGGAGAUGGGAUGCUGUUGAAAGGAAGUUGUACGGAAGUAGUACGGGGAACUGUUUGUUCCUGGACGAAGCUCGAGGGUAGCGGGGGCUCGUGAUUUGAGCGCGAAUAUCCCCUGGCCAGUAGGUUUUUUUACCGAUGUAGCUCGUAGGCACUAGCUAAUUAAAAAUCAGGUAAAGCUAACGAAGUACAUUACACAAAUAUCCUUUGUUUCUUCAUCGUUACAUCGUUAUUUUGUUUCCUCGUUUUUCUUUCACUUUUAUCGUAUGGUUAGACCAUAUCACGAAGCGAGAUCGAUCGGGCUCUCGCAACAGUUGAGUCUCGUUUUUAGUUAGUAAGACGAUCGAACCGAUGCUGGUCGAUAUCUUUUAAGGUAGAUACUACAUAGGGAAUAAGCUUUAAUAAGGAGAAAGCGAGGAGAACGGUUUACACGGCAAAUAUUUUUUCUAUUCGAUUUUCUUUCUUUGCGUCGAGCACACCGUUCAACGAGUGUACCGUGUGUAUUUUGUAAGCUGUAAUUAUAACGCUGUUUAGAUAAAAAGAUCGGAAACAGAGAUGGAGGAUGGUGCCGUGCUCGAGGCCGUUCGAAACAUCGGAAGAGGGACGUUGGUUAAAGCGCCAUCGGGUUUUUCGCUCUACAAGCAAUCCGUUGUUCGUCAACUUCGAGAACAAUUUGGAAAUAUUCGAACUUUUAACACUUUGGUUGCCGCGUCUCUUGGUACCUAAGCUCGAACGCUAAUUAGCAGCCACAGUGGUAAAAUGGUGAAUCCACGAGCGAAUAGAUGCAGUUCGAAACGAUUGGACGAUAGCUCGACUCGCCAAUGGGUUUUUCGGGCAAUACAGAAACGCCCGGGGCGAAAUUCAAUUACCACGCGAAAUAUUAGCGAACGUAUUAAAGGUUGAUUGCUCUACAGCUGUUAUGUAAUAGCUACAAAGGGCUGUUAGCCGUGUUAUAGCUGAAUGUAUGCCAUAACUAUUAUAUAAUAGCUGUAAUAGCCGCUGGCUGUUUUAAUAGCCAACCGACGAUAAGAGGUGAAGGAGAAAACAUAUUUCAAAGCUUUUCCCGGCUAGCAAAGCUUGCGUUAUUUUUCUAUCGUAUACGAUUACCAACAAAAGCAAAAAGAAAAAAAGAGGAUGAACAAUAGCGUCACUCGUUCGUGAUGUUUCGAGCGUUGGAAAAAAAAGCUUUUUGUAGUUUGAGUUUAUUCCUGAUACGAGGGUCAUUCGGUAAAUAGAGACCAGCACAAAUAGCCUUAAAAUGGUUCGCUUCGCAAAUAUAACAAUUUAUACAUUUUUUAAUAUAAUCCAAACCAACGAAAAGUAUACAGCGGUGCCUCGACCAAAAUUAAACGCUCAAACUUUUAGAGGAAUGAAAUUAAAUUGGACGAAAAAUGUUAUGUCCACAAAAAGCCAAAUGUUUCUUUUUUAGUUACCGAAUGAUCUUCGUACUAGUGAAAAUUCAUUGCCGAGUAAAACGUUCUUUGAGAGCGAUCGCUAAGGUGAGACUAAAGGUGGAUUUAAAUUCUCAGAUAAUUCAUGCAAACUAGUUUGUGUAAGUUCUGUACAAAUUUGAAUAUCAUUCACACAUUCGAACAUUAAGUUGGUCCUAUCUCGUCUUGCUGUAGAAGUUUCUUCAAGAAUAUGGAGAAUGUGCAAAUAAAAACGAAAAAUGAUCUUUGUACGCGUUAUCUAAGAGUUUAAAUCCAUCUUAACAUUGACACCGGCUGUACACAGAGGAAGAAGUGUGUCAAAGUGUUAGAAAGAUAAUUCAAUGCAAUACAAUCGACUCGCGUAGUAGAAUUAUUUGAAAAAGAGAAGAGGAACGAGAGGCACUAAGGAAGAUUCGGAAUUGCAACGAAUAGUUUCAUUAUGAUAUCCGGAAUAAUUUGUUGCCACGAUCGAAGAUUACCCUACGAGUUAUUUCGCGGUACUCGAUUCCGAAACGUUCUAUCGAUCGUCAGAGAUUCUGCAAACGGUUGAAUAUUAAUGCAAAUAUUUCUGGUAUUUCAAGAACAAUAAACCGGCCGUUUCAGCGAUUCAAUUAACUUCCGCCCAGGGAACGGACAACGAUGGGCAAUUUCAAACGGCUGCUAAAUUUAUUUUCAUCGCCACUUCCAGGAUAUCGCUGUUCCUCGGACGCGUCCCGCUUUUAACAGUCUCCAACCCCCGUUUAUCGAUUUCAAUAAAUGCCACCACGGUUUCACCGCGACGGGAAAAUCAACUUGUGCUGAUACGAAUAACGUUGCGAGGAAAUCAGGUGAAAUUUUCUUGAUACCUUUGCAAACCAAUUAUUUCUUUCAAACUUUAAUGAUUUGAGAGGAGGGAAAAUAUCGUGUACCCAAACGGCCGAGCCUGUAAAGUGUAAAAUUGUAACUGUGAUGGAUUCUACGUGUCGUUGUAACAGAGUCACGUCGAACGUUUCCCUCUCCAUUCAAACGUUCAUCCUUCUGUUCAUUUAAGCGAUUCUGAAUCUUCCUUACUAUGAUAUUGGUCGUUUUCCUUUUUCUUUACCAAGUGUCGAAGAGGUCUUGAGGAAAGAUUCCGUCGGAAGCGAUUAUUCAAGUACAGAUUUAUCGAUGGGAACAGCAGCCAGUUGAGAUAGAAUAUAUUGAGAACAUUGCGAGACAAAUUGGCCACUUGUUUGACUGCUGGAGUAAAAGAACCGCACCGAAUAAUUUAUUAAGAAGAUUUGCUGGUAUUACAAACGCCUCGUGAAUCAAAAUAAAAUUCAUUGUAAUAAAUGCGAAAUGAACUGUUUAUCAAUUUUUAAUCAAUUUGCGAACCUUGCACAAUGAACACCGCAGCGAAAGGGUUAAAAGGCGUUAUCUUAAGGGAAGCUAAAAAUUUGUAGGUGCUUUCACGCUGUAAUGCGUGUACAGUGUGAAAGCAAUAAUUGCGAUGGCGCCAGCAGGCGGUCGAUUUGAAAGAAGCCUAAUUUAAUUGUCGAGACCGAAGGAACUUUUCUAAAGAUCUUCGAGGCGCGCUAACGUAAGCAAUAAACUCACGCAACGGCUCAACCGUGUACAUACACGAAGAAUGUUGCGUGUCACGAAUAAGCUGUUGUACCAGAGAUGUUCUAUUAUAUUGGUUUGUCCAAUCGGGAUUUUCGCGACAGCGUAGGAACGAAGAAAAAGAGAAUGAAACCGAGGGAAGUAGAUACGGACCGAUCGAUCGCGAGAUAGAACGCUACGAUAUUAUUGUAACUAAUACAGAGUCUAUAUUAUAUUAUUGUACAAGCGCAUCUUUGUAAUAAUUAACCCGAACCGAGUGACGAGAGGAGCGGAGAAAAGGGGGAAGAAGAGCAAUGAGGCACGCGAUAGAAGAGUACGCAACAAUAGACGACGAUUAAACAAUGUGAAAUAAGAAAAAAAGAAAAGACAUUACGAGAGAAAAAAAAAAGGGAGAGAAAGAGUUCGAAGGCGAAUAGAGAAGCGAAGCAUAAAAGAAGCCAAUCGCUAUUUUAACACUUUUCCAAUCGCGGUCAACGUAGUUUUUACGCCGUUACGCUUUCCUUCGUGUUCAGUUUACGACGCGGACGAGGAUGGGCCUGUGUUCCUUGAAAAUUCCGCUCGUAACGAAGAAAAAUGCCCGUAGCCACAGAUUCCUUUAUCCCAAAUCGAUCCCCUUCUCUUCGUCAACGUUUUAUCUUUCUGUUUUUCCCACCAUCUCUAUUUUUAUACGUUCUCAAGGUACUUGCUACCUUCGCGUCACGUCGAAACUAUGAUAUCCCUUCAAGAUCUAACGGUUCUAGCAAGAAAAACUUCUCCGAAUGAUAUCUUUCGAUAUCGAUCAGCUUUUGUACGCUGAUAGAUUAUAAUUUUCAAUAUUUACCUUCGCUUGACGAAGUCGAAGAGUUGAAGAAUAAAAUUGAUUCUGUUAAACGAUAUACAGGUGUAUUUAUAAUAGCGUGAUUUAUCGUCGUACAAAAGCUCAUUAAAAUCUGAGGAUAUCAGAAGAGCUACCCUUGUACGGUCGAGAGCGGUCGCGCAAAAAGUGGUCUCUUUGAAAAAAACGAGCGUAAGAAAAAAGAAAAGUGAAAAGAGGCUUGGCCUUUUUUCGUCGAGAGGAAAAUAUCGAAGCGUAGAGAAAAUGUCCGCGUGGUAUGCGGUGGAUCAAAGGCUCCACUCUCAGAGGCGUCCAUUUAAUCGAGCGAAAGACGCUCCUUUUCAAGAACCUUCUCGGCGAAGAGGUUAUCGUUUCGAUCGAUCGAUCGACGCGAAAUCGACAAAUUAACGAGCCACGGAACCGUUCCUUUUUUUUUUUUCUUUCUUUUUCGUUCGUUUCCUCGGUAGUUGCCACCUAGGGGUUAGAGACUUUGAACGAUUAGCACCUUAGACACCGUAACUUGUAAGUACCUAAGUGAAAUUGCAGCGUAUUUAGCGUAAACCAUAAGGCGAAACAUAGCCGGUAAGGAUUAUUCUAGCCUGAUAGGGGUAAUAAGGCUCAUUGUGACAGCAAUCAGAUGCCCCGCGGUCGAAUCGCCAACGAUCAUUUUCCCUUUCCCGGCACGUUUCACGAUCGAGAUCAUCUUUUCUUGCGAAAUCAACCUCGAUUCUGUUUCGGAGCGUACCCGAAUAGCCACCCUUUAAACAUUCAAAUUUUCCGUCUAGUUCGUCGGUUUAUUUCUAUGUUCUUCGGAUGUUUGAACAACGGUUAUCGUGCUAAAAGUCAAACAUUACUGGGAAACGUACAAAUAUCCGGAUGGAUGGUGGAUUUCAAUGGAAAAGCUCGUAGAGCGGACGACCUGUACCGAGAGAUCGAAAUUCUGCAAGUUCGGUGGUCGCUUCCCACCUUCACCGCAAAUUACCGAUUCAAUGACCAAUCCGGUUUGCAGAAUUAUACAAGUUCGACGUUCCUGGGUAAACCACAGCGUUCUGAUAAGAAAGUCGAUAAGUAGUUGGUCAAACGUUUCGAUGGAUCGUCGGUUUCGUUUGUGGAAUCGUUAAGGAAGAGGGAUAACGCGUUGAAAAAAAAAAAAAAAAAAAAAAAAAUAGUUGCACAGGCUCGUCGGUAUUCUAUUAUUUUCGAUUUGUCCGACACAAACAACGCCGAGGGAUUUGAUAAUUAUCAGAGCAUCCCCAAACAUCGUUACCGACCGACCGCCUACGCUCGCGCCAGCCUGCCUCUCGUCAAACAUUAUGCGCUCCGCUUAAUGAGAUUGAUGCAAUCGGCCGACGCAUUUAAUCCAGUUAAUUUACAUUCGGUCCUAAUAUCGCACGCGAAUAUUCCGCUAAUGCAGUCGAUAAUGAGAAACAGAAAAUUGCUUGCACAACCACCACCGUCAUCACUCUUCCUGUCCCGGCUAGCCUGAUGCUUGCUCGACCUCGUUUCAAAUUGCCUGCCCUCGAUGUGUUUUUUCGUUUAUCAGGAAUCAUCGGUUUGUUGGAAAUUACAGUGGACACAAAGGAAUUGAAUUGAAUUUUUUAAAAUGUUUCUAUCGUAAUCUAAAGGGUUAAUUAGUCGAUUCAUCAAAAAGUGAGUUUCGAACGUGUCUGUUUACGAGCUUCGCCCUAUCCCCUAAGAACGACGGGCAACCCUUAAUGAUACCGCGUGACGCAUCCAGUUCGAUUCGAAAGCGUCGUUCAAAGAUUAGAAAGGCACCCUGACCAUAUGGGGACGGAGCCUGGUCCCACCCCCUGUUCCAACUAUUCCCUAUGUACGCUCCACCGAAUCGAGGAGGUUUUCAAUCAAGGGACAAUCAUCCCUCGACGAGCAAUCGAACCUUUUUAUCAAAUCAUCAGCGGCCCAUCGUUUCCCUUCCUCGGACGAAACGUCAACGGCCGAUCAUCGAACAACGAGGAGAAUACUUUUUCGCGACGGGGGGUUCGUACGGAGCAAUAUAGAAGAGUGUACGAGAGAAAGAAAGAGAUACAGAUGUAAGGGAUGAAAUUCGAGGGUAGAGAGAGGAAUAUCUGACAAAGGAGGGAAUAUUUUUUACCGACAAAACCAUACCAACUGCGAAUCCUUUCCGAUACUUUGUUACUUGAAUUCUUAAUAAAUAAUUAUUAUCGGUGUUAAAUGAAUUUCAACCCCUUCCAAUACUACCAAACGGCUCUGAAAAUUUUCAAGAGUUUCAAGAAUUUUCAAUUUCGAAUAAACAUUCGAACGAUUCGAAAUCCCUCAGCGAUUGAAUUUUCCGAAAAUUUGCAACAGAGAAUCCUUGAAUACCCAUCGGUAUCCACGCUCAUAGUUUGCCCUCGUGCGAUCAAGAUUCCAAUCUGCUGUAACCUGCCCCACACUGGGCCCUUAUUGUACGUUUACGCACAUAUUAGGAUACGCAUGUAUAUAGAUAUACAUAAUAUGAUAUACUACAUUAUAUAUUAUCGUGUAUUGUAUGUGUAAUUUUGGAACUCGCGAGAAGUGUCGGAUGUGAAACGAUGCUGUGCGUUUAUUUGGUCGACAAGACCGCGGGGCAAUGGCGAAAACGAAGGAAAAUUACGCGUUUCGAUUCCAUUUUAACACUUAAACAGCUGGUUAAAUAAACAAUUUUUCUAAAAGAUAUCAUUCCUUCUAACCUUUCAGCUAUUAAAUUAUAGUUUUCCAGAAUUUUCCAUUCAAGAACGUUUACUUCUAUAAAAAUCUUUCAAGUAGUAAUUAAUACCCAGCCAUAGUCAGCCGUUUAAAUGUUAAUUACAUCGAUCCGCUAUGCGAUUGGUGAUUGAGGGACGACAGGUGCACGAUCAACCCUUUCCACCAGCCCUGAAAUUCCAAAUAUCCGAUCAAACUUAAGAAAAAAGUUUUAUGGUUUAAUCAGAAAAGUAUUUCCCGCGAAUGAUUCAUGAAGAAUUCAUUUAAGUCACGGCCAGGCCACGAGGAAAAAACAUGUUUCUCCUUAUUCAACCGAUCGAGCCGAUCGAGGACAUACCUAUCAGUGGUUUUGUCGCAACGUUCGACUAAAUAAUUUUACUCCGUAGAAACAGAAGCCUUUGAGAUAAGUAUACGUUGUUGGAAUGAUUUAAUGGAAUGUCGAUUUACUGGUUGAAACGUGUCGGGGAUUCAAUCGGUGACAAAAGCUUGCUAAUACAACCAAUGAACGAGCUCUCGAUAAAAAUAACUUACAAGAGAACACCUGACUCACCGAUUUGAAUAAAACUUGGGUUUAUAGAAUGAACCAUGGUAAAAAUAAAUCACCCUUUAUGGGGGAGGAAACCAACUCCAAAAUCAAAUGGGCCCUCGUAUAAUUUUUAUACGUGAACGUUGCACACCGUAAACCUUAACAUAAUCGCUCUAAUUUUGAAAUCGAUUCGUGAACCGGAAAUGCAACGAUGAUCGGCUCGAUUGUACGUCAAAAGAUUUUUUGCUAAACACUGACAAACGAUCGUUUGAUGUUGAAAAUCGUUGUUGGAGCCGGUAAUUUAGCACUUAUCCCCGUUUGCAAGCACGUCGCGAGCAAUUCACUGGCGGGCAUAAACCAUUGAUCAUUAGCCAACGCGAGGAGGAGGUUUAAUCGCGUCGAACGAUUCAAUUUGACGAGUCGAGCGUGUGGAGUAGAUGGAUCGGCUCGGAAUCGCGUUUCUGGCCUGGCUCUAUUACGACUUUUCAACGCACUCCGCGUUGCCAAUGGCAUUGAAUCAACCAAGCGACGCGGCUGUGUAAUCGAGUACGAUUAAAGGUCGACACGCGAUCGAUUCUCGCUACGAUAUGUAAUAAUUCGUCGAAAAACCCAGGGAAACGACAGGUCGAUGUUGCAAUUAGCGAGAGCCGAGUAAUCGAUUCGAAUACCGUUCGAAAUUUUCAAUUACUUAAAGUUCCGAAAGCUAAAACAGCUAUCGUUCGUAAAAAAAAAUUGCCAAAUUCAAUUAGGGUCGUGCUCCGAUCGUUCCUACCAGCACCAUUUCGCAAAAUGAAAAUUAAUAAGCUGAAUGAAGUAUAACCGAUAAGAAGGAAAAUUAAAGCGUAAGAGAAAGAAAAUUAAUUGUAGUCUCUGUCGGAUGAAUGACGAAAAAGCAAUAUCGCGUGAACAAGGUGUGUGCGUGUGUUAUCGAGUGUAAUACCACAAAGACACGGAGAAAGCGAAUGUCAGAAAGGAAGAGAGAAAUUUUUGCGAAUGAUAAGUGUGUAAGCUACCUGUGCCUUGUAACAAACUAUGUAUGUAUAUACGUAUUAUAUACACAUGGUCACACGAGGAAGACGAAAGAGUACAUUGCAUACUACACAUGUAACACGUAAAAACUCUCACGUUAAUCUUAUGUAUUUAAAAAAGAAAAAGAAAAAAGAAAAAAAAUGAAAGCGAAACGUUGUCGUCUCUUCUGGAACGCGGCAAAGAAAAUCGAGAAAACCCCUCUCAGAAUUUUCGUUCAGCGACAAGCACGAAGAUGGAAGAAGAUAAAGAAGACACGAAACAUACGUGUAACGUAACGAAAAUAACGAAACGAACAAAAUAAACACACACACAGAGAUAGAGCGAGAGAGAGAACGAAAUAAAAGUUGUUGAAACGAAUAGGGACAAAGAAAGAAAAAAAAAGAUGAAACAAGAUAAAAAUAGCAAUAAUCGAAUCUCAGACUGAAUUAUUAAACGGGAAAGAAAUAAGUGAAAGAGAAUCGAAUAUUAACAACCUGCAAUCUUUGUUGUCGCGGCGAGCGACGCGCGAGCGUGUUAAUUAUUAUAAAUACUGUUACACAGUGUCUUGCUACAUUGGGGAGAUUAAAAUAAAAUCUCCAAGCUCGAA